UCUCUCCCUCCUCCUCUCUCUCUCUUCACAGAACAAAAACCAUUUAUUUGUGACUUCCCUCAUUCCCUCCUCCGUUUGAGUUGCUAAUUGCCCCGAGAGCCAUGAACAGUCAAAUUUAACACCUUCAAACACUCCAAUCAACAAAACCCAAUUCUUUCCUUCAUAUUUUUUUUUUUUUCCUUUUCUCAUUUCGAAUGGGAAACCGCGUCGCAAAAGCUGGUCGCUGUUUCUGCACCGCCGGAGAAAUAUCCCAGCGACAUGACAACUCCGUCGGCGUACCGGACCCACUCGACGAGGGUUUUGGCCAUUCGUUUUGCUACUUCCGGCCGGACUCCGAAACGUCGUCGUCGAAGGUUUCGUCGGAGGACCCGAACCAGCCGACGACGACAUUCCGAUCAAUCUCCGGAGCCUCAGUCAGCGCCAACACAUUCACCCCUCUCUCCACUUCUCUCUGCGAUCUCUAUCCAUACAGCGCCGGCUGCGACCGAGCGGCCAGGUUCGAGAGCUCGACCUCGUUCGCCUCCAUACCUCUGCAGCCGGUGCCCCGGAAGUCGUACCAGGGAGUUGCGAGUUCGGGUCCGAUCGAGAGAGGGUUCUUAUCGGGCCCCAUAGAGCGAGGGUACUUAUCGGGUCCGAUUGAUCGUGGGUUGUAUUCGGGUCCGAUUGAGAAAGAGUGCGAGAGAUUAGAGAGAAGUCUCUCUUUUGGGAUUGAAACCAAACCCAAAAGGAGCUUGAUGAAGAUUAUAAGAAAAGCGAUUUCAAGUGCUGUGAGUCGUGGGCAGAAAUCGAGUGUUGCGCCGGUAAAGGGAGGCGUAUUGGUCAAAGAAUCGGAUUCGGAGAAGAUGGGUGGUGGGAAUGCGACUCCGAGUAGCACUAAUUUGAGCAGCCAUGUGAGUUUGAGCAAUGAGAAUGAAGAUUGCAGUGGAGAUUACUCAAUGGGGAGCCAAAAUCUUCAUUGGGCGCAAGGGAAAGCGGGUGAGGAUCGAGUUCAUGUUGUGGUUUCAGAGGAGCAUGGCUGGGUUUUUGUGGGGAUUUAUGAUGGGUUUAAUGGCCCUGAUGCCCCUGAUUAUUUACUUUCUAAUCUUUACUCUGCUGUGCACAAGGAACUCAAAGGGUUGCUCUGGAAUGACAAGUUCGAAAUGGAAAUGGAAACCGAAUCAUCGGCAGUAAAAUCAUCGAAUUCGUACUUGCAUUCGGGUUCCUUAAAGGAAAUUGAUCCGCCCCAGAUGAGUAAUCGGAUGGUUCAUGGAGUUCAUGGGGAGAAUUAUGCAUUAGAAAAUGGGGAUAUUAAUGCAGAUGCUAAUUCAAAGAGAAAACAGAGCAAUGGUUUGGGAAAUAAGCUUGAGGAGACUCAGAGGCGGUGGAAGUGUGAAUGGGAUAGAGAAAGGCCAGAGCUUGAUAGGAAGCUAAAGGAGAAUUUGAAACGUCCAGUGUCAAAUGGUGUGGCGUCUCCUGAUCCUAAAGAUGUUCUUAAAGCUCUUUCAGAGGCCCUAAAAAAAACAGAGGAUACAUUUUUGGAUACUGCAGAUAAGAUGGUGACAGAGAAUCCUGAGUUGGCUCUGAUGGGUUCUUGUGUUUUGGUGAUGUUGAUGAAGGGAGAUGAUGUUUACUUGAUGAAUGUUGGGGAUAGUAGGGCGGUUUUAGCUCGGAAAGCCGAACCCAACAUGCGGCGGAACUUGGAAAGGAUUAGUGAAGAACCUUCAGAUGAUCUUGAUUCAUCAAAUGCUGAUGAAAGUUACAGUUUGAAUAAUUUGACUGCACUUCAGCUCACAAUGGAUCACAGCACAUAUGUGAAAGAGGAAGUUCAAAGAAUAAAGAAUGAACAUCCUGAUGAUGCUUCUGCAAUAAUGAAUGACAGAGUGAAAGGUUAUUUGAAGGUCACUCGGGCCUUCGGAGCUGGCUUUCUCAAACAGCCAAAAUGGAAUGAUGCUUUGCUAGAGAUGUUUAGGCUCAACUAUGUUGGAACUGCUCCCUACCUCACUUGUAUACCAUCAGUCUACCACCACAAACUCAGCCGAAGAGACAGACUCUUAAUAUUGUCUUCAGAUGGACUCUACCAAUACUUCACCAAUGAAGAAGCUGUCUCUGAAGUUGAGUUGUUCAUCUCUUCGUUUCCCGAAGGAGAUCCUGCACAGCAUCUCAUCGAAGAAGUGUUGUUUCGAGCAGCAAAGAAAGCUGGAAUGGCCUUCCAUGAGUUGCUUGACAUUCCACAGGGGGAACGCCGGAGGUACCAUGAUGACGUUUCGAUCAUUGUUAUAUCCUUGGAGGGAAGAAUAUGGCGAUCAUCGGUGUAAAUAAACAUUAAAACUGCAAAUAGAAAAAGUCAUUCACAGAAUGGUUGGAUGAUUUUGCAUACAUUGUUUCAUUUCUACCAUUUUUCCUCUUAACCUUUGUAAACAUACCCAUUAGGCUCCACCAGAGAUGGCCGAUUUCCAUGUCAAGGUUUGGAGUUCUUGUUUUGGCACAUAUGUAAUUACAAAAUAGUAACCCUUUUGCUUCUUCCAAGUUCUAAGAGCAUUGUGACAAACUAAGCAUUGAGAUUUC